AUGAGCGGUGAUCCGAACGACAUGAUGUCGCUGCUGGACAGUUCCAUGUUUUCCCCAUUUGACGACAACAUGUCCAUGAGCCUCGACGCCCAGCAGCCCUUCAACCCCUCAGGCCCCGCCGCCGUACAGCCCUCCCCGUCAGCAGGCCUGGCGCCGUCGGUCGACCUGCCCUUCUCCCCGGACGACUCGUCAUCCACCGCAAACGUAGGCGGCGGCGGAGGAGGAGGAGUCGGGCCCGGCGCCGGCCCCCUCCCCGUCGCGACGUUGGGAUCCGGAAGUGGGGGUGGGAGUGGCGGCUCCAACACCACGGCCAACACGGUCACCGAGUUCACCAAGCGCCGCAACUGGCCCGCCAAAGUCGUAGAAGAGCUCCAGGACUUCCUCCACAUCCUCGACGCCAACGGCCGCAUCAAGCAUGUCUCCCCCAGCGUCGAGAAACUCACGGGCCACAAGCCGGCCGACCUCCUCGACGUCUUCCUCAAAGACCUGAUCCACCCCGACGACGUCGGCGUCUUCACCUCGGAGCUCCACGAGUCCAUCGCCUCGGGCUCCCCGCUCCGAUUGUUCUACCGCCUCCGAAAAUCCGACAACAAGUACGCCAUCUUUGAGUCCGUCGGCCACGCCCACAUCGCCGCCGCGAAGUUCGCGCCCAACCCCAACAACCAAUCCCCCUUUUGCCAGGCCGUCUUUAUGAUGUCCCGUCCGUACCCGACCAAGAACGCCGGGUUUUUGGACUCGUUCCUGGAGCACAAGAUUGAAAACGAGCGGCUCAAGCGCCGGAUAGCGGAGCUCAAGCGGGAGGAGCAGGACGAGGUGGAGGAGUCGCACCGCACGUGGCGGCAGAGUCAGGAAGAAAGAUCGGACAUCACCCCUUCUGACGCGGACACGUCCACUUUAUUUGGUGGUGGGGGCGCCAGGCCGACGGCCACGUCGCCGAUGUACACCAUGUCUGGGAAUGCCGCCGCCUCGACCGACAUGCCGCCUCCCAACUUGCCCGCGAGCGCCAGCGCGGCUGCGGCUGCUGCUGCCGCGGCGGCGGCGGUGAGUCUGACGAGGGAGGCGCUGGAGGGGAUGACGGGGAGCAACAGGCCGGAUUCGAUCAGGGACAAGAUGGCGCGGUACGAAGGCGGGACGCACGUGGACACGAUCGAGAUGCUUACCGGGUUGCGGUACCAGCAGGGGGAGAGAAGCAGGGGGAUCACGACGGGGAACGCGAGCCCGACGCUGGUGAAGGGGGAUGCGGGGAUCGCGAUACCGGCUGACAGGGACCCGAGGGGGGGAGGGGGGGAUAAGAAGAAGAAGUUGAAGGUGACGGAGGAGUAUGUUUGUACUGAUUGCGGUAGGUAUCUUCUCUUUCAUUUCUGUCUUUUCUUUUUCUUUCUAUCUACGGUGAACUGA